CCCUCUUUUCACAUUCUCUUUUACUAGUAACACAUGACUGUUUUUAAAAAGAAAGAGAAAAAAGAACACACAGUAUCGUGAACCGAUUAAGUAAAUGAAUCAUCGCACUGUUUAUAGUCCUUGAAUAUAAGAAAGAUAUGAGAUAUUUGUGAGAGUUUUGGUUGUGCAGUCAAGUCUACGUAGAAUAUAAAGUGCGUACCAGUUUGUAUAUAAAUAAAUUAUAUGCAUAUCCAAUCUUAUUCCAAUCUGCCGUUUGUGAAUUACGGCCAGGACAUAAGCGUGGCGAGGAAAUCCACGAAUUUGAACCGAAACAUUUUAAUGUAAGAAAUAACCUUUACGCCUUUGCAACCUCAAAGAUAUUUACCUUCUGUGUUCAGAUAUCACGGUUUUCGCUGCCAUGGCACUGAAAUUCGCCAGCAAUCUGUCUUUCAUGUUCACUGAAGUUCCCAGUAUUAUUGAUAGAUACCAACUAGCCAAGCAAGCUGGAUUUAAAGCAGUCGAAAGUGGUUUUCCAUUUGGUUUCUCGGUUGAGCAAGUUGCCACGGCCAAACAGGCGGCUAAUGUUGACCAAGUACUGUUGAAUGUAUUCACAGGUGACGUUACAAAAGGAGAACUGGGCUUCGCUGCGAUUCCGGGCGAAGAAGAAAAUUUCAAGAGGAGUAUCGAGAAAACAAUAGAAUACGCAAAAGCUUUGGACUGUAAAAUGAUUCAUGUGAUGUCGGGAAAAGCGGAAACUCCUACUGCUGCUAACGAUCUAGCUUAUGAACAAAAUUUACUGUAUGCCAUUGAACAGUGUCGAAAAGAGGAUAUCGUUGUCGUCAUUGAACCAAUUAACAAAUACAGUGUACCAAAUUACUAUAUGAAUAAUUUUCAGAAAGGUUUAGAUUUGGUGAAAAAGGUGAACAAUGCACACUUUAAGCUGUUACUGGAUAUCUUUCAUUUACAACAUUGUUGUGGUAAUAUUACAAGAUGUGUUCAAGAAUUUUUACCUUACGUGGGUCACAUUCAAAUCGCUCAAGUUCCUGACAGGCACGAACCUGAUACUCCAGGAGAGAUUGAUUAUAAAUAUAUCUUGUCCUUAUUGGAAACGACUGGUUACACUGGCUACAUUGGCCUGGAAUACCGACCGAAAUCAUUAACAGUAGAAGGAUUAAAUUGGGUGAAAAGAUACGGUUACACUUUGUAAGUUGAUAUUCAUACAUGUACAUGUUGUUAAUAUAAAUGUAUAGUUUCAAUAUUUAUACCUCCUUAAACAAAAAAUAUAUUUUCAUAUAUGUAUUAUGUGUAAAAUGAAAAAUAAACAUCUCCUGUAUAGUUUUAGUUAAA